GUGAACUUCACUCCUCUAUUUAACAAACCCCAAACACUGCACAUUCAUCGCCAAUCAGAAAUUACUGGAAAAAGAUGAGCAAUGAUGAUGUAGAGAUCGAUAUUAAAAAGUUGUUGGAGAAAGGAAAGUCUCUCAUAACUAAUGAGUGUUGCAUCUACAGAGUACCCUUAAAUAUUCGCCAACUCAACGAAGAUGCUUACACCCCACAGGUUGUUUCUAUUGGCCCUUUUCACCACGACAGCAUCGAUCGCCUUCGAGAUAUGGAAAGUCACAAAAUAAUGUAUUGCAAGUCAUAUCUUGAUCGAACCAAUACAACAUCGGAAAGGUGGAUCAGCUACAUUGAAGGUGAGGAGCCCAAAAUUCGCAGUUGUUACUCAGGCACACUUGUGUUCGACAAGAAGAAACUGCUAGAGAUAAUCUUUGUGGAUUGCGGUUUUAUACUUGAACUCUUUUGGAGAAAAUAUUAUGACAAUGGGUUAAAUGAUGACAUCAAUUUUUCAGCACCAUGGUUAGACGAUAUCAUGCUAUAUGAUUUGUUGUUGCUUGAAAAUCAACUUCCCUUUUAUGUCCUUGACAAUCUCUAUUCUAUAUCCUCCCAAUUUGCGGCCAGCUAUGAUUCUACAUAUCGUCGUAAUUGUAACAUCCCUUCGUUCAUCGAGCUUACGUAUAGGUUUUUUGACUAUUUCAAUAGAUCCCAGUUGACUUUUGUCAACAAUAACGAGAUAAAACACUUCACUGAUCUGAUACGAUUCUUUCACUUAAAACUUCCUUCGGGAGAAGAAGAAGUGUUUUCAAGGAGCAACGAAUUGCUGAAACAUCUUCCCAGUGCUACUGAGUUGUCAGAAGCAGGAGUAAGGUUUAAGGUAACCGAAAGUAAAUGUUUACUGGAUUUGAAAUUUACAAAAUCGGUUCUUGAAAUCCCGCAAUUGCUUGUACAGGAUACUUCUGAACUUGUGUUUCGCAACAUGGUAGCUUUAGAGCAGUGUCAUUAUCCUUAUAAGUCCUACAUUACUGAUUAUAUUGUAGUUCUAGACGUUCUAGUAAACACAAGCCAUGACGUGGAUCUACUGGUUCGAAAGGGAAUAUUGGUGAACUUUUUAGGAGACAGCGAUUCUGCGGCUAAAAUGAUUAAUGGUCUUGGGAAAAAUGUACUGCAGACAAAUUUUAGUUGCCAUUACUUUCGUCUCUGCGAAGACUUGAAUGCUUUCUGUAGAAAUCCCUGUCGUAAAUUGAUGUCAACUUUGAAACGUGAUUAUUGUAAAGGUCCAUGGCAAACCGCUGCUACAAUUGCUGCAAUGGUUCUUCUUGUUCUCUCUUUUGUUCAAACACUUUGCUCUAUCUCGGAACUAUACAAGCGUUAGAAGUCAAUACCUGCUCAAUAACUCUUUCCUCUUUCUUUGUUUGCUGUUUAUGUUUUUUUUUUUUCAUUUGUACCUUUUUUUUAGCUUUAUUGUAUCAUGAUCUCUUUGUCUUGUUGCUUAAUUAAGAGCAACCUAGUUCUCUUUUUUAUGUUGUGUUUGGUGUGUCAUUUUGCUACCAAUUAUUAAUGUACCGUGUUUAGUAAUUUCAAUGCCAUCAAUUAU